CGGGGGCCGGGCCGCGCGUCGCUGGCGCCGCCGCAAUUUUGUCCCCCCCGCGCCACCGUCCGCACGGCCCGGCCCGGGUGAGAGGCUACGGCUGCGUCCCCGGAAGCGGCGGAGCAGGCGGGUGUCCGGGCGGCGGCGCCGGCAGCGGCCUCCGCACCCCCCGCCCUCCGGCAUGUCCCCGUAGCCCCGUCAGGGCAGGACGAUGGUGCAGAGCCCGCCCGCACGGCAGCCCCGCCGCCUCUGAGCCCCGCCGCCGCCUCCGGGCCUCCACCCGCCCGGCCCGGGGGCCUCUUCCCCGCCUCAGGCGCUGGUGAACAAUCAGAAUAAUGUUCAACAUAAACCUAUUGGAGAACCUGAAGGUUUACAUCAGCAGUCGACCUCCGCUUGUGGUCUUUAUGAUCAGUGUAAGCGCUAUGGCAAUAGCUUUUCUGACACUGGGUUAUUUCUUCAAAAUCAAGGAGAUCAAGUCACCAGAAAUGACAGAGGACUGGAAUACUUUCCUCCUGAGGUUUAAUGAUUUGGACUUCUGUAUAUCCGAGAAUGAAACCUUAAAGCAUCUCAUCAACGAUACCACGACUCCGGAAAGCACCGUGACCAGCGGGCAGGCGAGAUCUUCCACGCAGUCUCCGCAGACUCUCGAGGACUCUGGUCCCAUCAACAUCUCCGUUACCAUCACCUUGACGCUGGACCCGCUGCGGCCGUUUGGCGGAUACUCUCGCAAUGUCACACAUCUAAGUUCCACAAUUUUUGGCCACCAGAUUGGGCUCUCAGGCAGAGAAUCCCACGAGGAGAUCAAUAUCACGUUCACCCUUCCGGCUGCCUGGAAUUCCGAUGACUGCGUCCUGCACGGCCACUGCGAGCAGGUCGUGUUCACCACCUGCAUGACCAUCACAGCAGCCAGCAACGUGUUUCCCGUCACAGUUCAGCCACCACACUGUGUUCCUGAAACAUACAGCAACGCUACGCUUUGGUACAAGAUCUUUACCACCGCAAGGGACUCUAAUACAAAAUAUGCACAAGACUAUAACCCUUUCUGGUGUUACAAAGGAGCAAUUGGAAAAGUGUAUCAUGCUUUAAACCCCAAACUCACUGUUAUAGUUCCAGAUGAUGAUCGCUCUCUUAUAAACCUGCAUCUCAUGCAUACCAGUUACUUUCUUUUUGUGAUGGUGAUUACAAUGUUCUGCUAUGCAGUUAUUAAAGGCAGACCAAGCAAACUGAGGCAAAGCAAUACAGAAUUCUGCUCUGAAAAGGUUGCUUUGUCAGAAGCAUAAUCCACCCUCUCCUUGACCGAGAAUGACUGAGAACCGUAAUCAUUGCCUGCUGAACCCAGAAUGGGUCUUAACACUCUGUGAAUACAUUAUCUUGCAAUGUUGGUUUAUUCCAACCAAAGACAUUUCAAGUGCCUGUAAUUGAUUUGUACAUAUUUAUAAAGGUAUAUUCAGAAUAGGUCAGGUGAUGCACUUGUUCCGCAUCGUAGUGCGGCCGGAAACUUUCAGUCUUUACCUGUGGACAUAGCCGAAUGUUUGUGUAGAUAUGUUUAGUGAUAUGGCUACAUAUAGUCAGAGCAAGAUAUUUUUGUCUAGCUGCAUCUGGGCAGGUUAAGAUGCCUUUGCAAGUGUCUCAAACGAACCAACAGAUCUUUGUUUUUUGCCCAACGAUAUGUACAGUGUGUUUGAAACAGUAUGCACCUUUGAUAUCAUGCCGCAUUUCCAAAGCCACCAAUCUACUACAUUAAUUAAAUGUGUGUUUGCGUGGCCUGAUACUUUCUUCCAUUUGUUCCUUGCUUGCAAGAAAAGAUAUCAACAUUUUAGAUUUGUUUUUGAAAAAGAAAUACUUAUUCACAUUUUAAUAGUGCUGUAUUUAGGACAAACUUGUGCUUUUAUUCAUAGUAAAAAAAAAAUAUAAAUGAGUGAAGUCCCAUCUUAAAAUGUUUCUUAUUGAAAAGUGCUAAGCUGGAUUUUUAUUUUAUUUAAAUUUCAUUUGGCUUGCUGAGUGUCGGAGGAUCAGCAGAGACUGUCUGGAGCGUUUUCCGCUUGGCCUCCCCCCGCAGCCCUCACACCAGGACUGCGUGAGCAGCUUGCUCUAAACUUCUUUUCUUUUCUAGAAAGUGAAGCUUAAUAAAAAGCUGUAUUGUAUGAGCGUCUGUCGGGGCUCUGCACAGCCUUGGGCAAGUGCAAAUGACGAAAGGAAAGCCCGUAGUGUGUUACGGAGCUUCGCGCGGGGGCUCUGUCCACCUCUCAAGGGCAGCGGGAAAUGGGACUGACUUGCUUGGCUUUGUCCCAUUGCCAGCGAUCGCUGCCCGCGCGGGGAGAGCGGCAAGGAGAGCGCUGGGGCUGCUGCCAUGAGGUCAAAGACACCCCACAGUAAAACACACGCUGUUCUCUAUGUCCAUUCUUAAUUCUGAGCUCUUGUUCUCUGCAUUUCUCCCUUUCUCAUUCUGGCUUUUGCUGUUUCUUUCUGGUUUUUUACUGAGUAGCCUCAAUUGUCCCGAGUCAGGGUUUUCCCGCAGACUUACCCACCACCGCUUUUAAAAUCUCACUGAUUGCCUUAAUUGACCUUUCAUCUUGUCUUUCAGCUUUCUUGUCAGAAACUGUAGGUCUGCACACACACACAAAUGCUUUCUCCCCUUCCUCCUUUCGCUCCAAACCACACAAAAGAAGGAACUCAAGUCAAAAUCUCACAGUCUCGAUUAUGCUGGCCUAAAAUUCUUAGUUUAUUAUCUGUGGGCACUAUUGAAUGGUACCCUACUGGUCUGUAUGUACGGGACUUCAGUAAGUUCACGAGUCUUCAGUGUAUUGAAGCAAAGUAGUCGCACUUUUCUUCAGAACAUGUUUCCUUUCUAGAAUUUUGGUUCCUUAAGUGGUGUUAACUAACAUGCAUUUUUCUCCAGGGAUGUUAAGGCAAAGCUUUAGAGGUGGCCGAGUUUGAAGUUUAGGGAUAAAACGAAGCUUCCAGUGUUCUCCUGAUGCUGCUCCGGGCUAAUCCGGCUUCGCCGAAUGAAUCGGUGAAGUCAAAACAGGUAGACGGCUCCUCAUGAAAACUGUCCGAGCUGUUCCUAACGCACCUACCCAGCCUUGUGCAUUAAUGCUGGCUUACAGAGUUCCCUACGAGGGUGGCUUGACCUGGGGACCAAAGGCAGGAAUAGAAAGCAGACUGGGGUGGCGUUGCAAAUUCUGGAAAUACCUAAAAAACACCCAACAUAACGCAACCCCUCUAAAAAAGCAAAGCCGCGUCCUUUCCGUUUCAGCAGAUGAAAAAUCAAACUCCGAAUGUUCUAAUUAAAAUUUAGUUAAAAUCUUGUUUUGCUAUUUCAAAUUCAAGGAGCCUGCUUUGCGAUUUAUCGCCCGCCGUAUCGAAGUACCCAGAAAUACUAAGAUUGCAACACGCAAAUGCAAAAGAGAAAAUGUUAGAGCUGUAUUUUUUGGCCUUGGUUUCCCCCUCGCAGCCCGCGUUGCAGCGCAGAGGGAAGCGCGUCCAUCGGCUGGAACGCUGCAGUGCUGAGCAGUAUUGGCUUGUUCUGGGCGCAGUCUACACAAGUUAAAUGCAGCCAAACAGAAGAGUAAAAACUUAAAGUUCAGAUCAUAUUGAUCUUUCCUUUUUUUGUUUUCUUUUUCUUUUUAACUAUGACUUGAAUCAGUUUUGAUUCUAUUUGUACGUGUUUUCUUGUUCUUAGAAAGCUGCCAUUUUCUUUUGCGUUUUUCUUUGCCAUUACAUAGAAAAUCUGAGCCUUGGUUUUUCAACCCUCUGCAGGUGAUUGUAGGGUUAAGAUGGCUUGUUUGUUUUGUUCUUACAUUUCACUUGUCUUGUUGCAUGAUGGUUAAUAGCUGAUUUGGAAAUGACAUUUCUCUCCUAGAUUAAUUUUGUGUUUGUAAGAUGUGCAUAUUGCUUUGCAGAAUAAAAAAGAUGAAGUUUA